AUUGGCGCAAUUAGGGUGUAGAGUAACGGUUUUAAGGUUCUUCUUACUUCAGUGAAAUUUGUUGUUCCAUGACUGCCAUUUUAUAUUCUACAUUCUUAAACGUAGUGUGAGGUGACGGUUGUGGUAAUGUAGGUCCUGGUACUAGGGGUUCUUGGAUUAUUAACACCCUGCUUGUGUCAAUGGAACUAUCUUUGAGGACAAGUUUUUCUCACGGCAAAAAAAGGACCACCUGGGUCAGGAAAAGGUACACAAUCACCAAUUAUUAAGGAUGAGUACUGCUUGUGCCACCUGGCUACUGGUGACAUGCUGAGAGCUGCUAUUGCUGCUAAAUCCCCUCUUGGGAUUAAGGUUAUGGCUUUGGACAAGGGAGAACUUGUUUCCGAUGAUUUGGUUGCUGGGAUAAUAGAUGAAGCAUUAAAGAAGCCAUCAUGUCAAAAAGGUUUCAUUCUUGAUGGAUUUCCAAGGACUGUUGUCCAAGCACAAAUGCUUGAUGAGAUGCUUGAAAGGCGUGGAGUUAAAGUUGACAAGGUGCUCAACUUUGCAAUUGAUGAUGCGGUCUUGGAGGAGAGGAUUACUGGUCGCUGGAUACACCCUGCUAGCAGCAGGACCUAUCACACAAAUUUUGCACCUCCUAAAGUUCCUGGUGCUGAUGAUGUCACUGGUGAACCUUUGAUUCAACGUGAAGAUGAUACUCCAGCUGUUCUAAAAUCAAGGCUAGAGGCCUUUCAUAAACAGACUGAGCCAGUAAUUGACUAUUAUAACAAGAAGAAUAUUGUUACAAACAUUAUUGCAGAGAAACCCCCACAGGAGGUUACAGCUGAUGUUCAAAAGGUACUCUCCUCGUGAAAGGGAGGCGGUUUUCCAUUUACUUGGCAUAGAGUCUGGGAAUUUUGGUCAUAUGUACUCUAAUAUAUUGUUGGAUCACUAACUACUCUUGCAUUCUCUGACUGUAACUCUGUAAGCCCCAACAUUUUUUUUUUAAUUUAUUACAUGUGAACUGUAAGCGGCAGCUUCCCUCAAUUUCUGAUUAGC